AUGUCUAUGCCACAUAGUAGCUCAAGCACCACGAGUUCAAGCACUAAACGCAAGGAAAUAUACAAGAAGUGUGUUCUUUGGUGUGAUAUCAGCUGCCUCUGUUAUAUCGUAGAUUGUUAUAUCGUUGAUGGGCGAACUAUACCAACGACUCAGCCCCCAUUCAGACAAUACUCUUGUGUAGACUGGUCUCUGCAUCGAUACCAAGCACCAUGGCCACUGUACUCCAUGAAUUGGUCUGUACGACCAGACAAGCGCUUUCGUCUCGCCCUUGGCAGCUUUGUAGAAGAAUACAACAACAAGGUUCAAAUUAUAUCUCUGGAUGAAGACACAAGCGAAUUUAGCGCUAAAAGUACUUUUGAUCAUCCGUACCCUACUACAAAGAUAAUGUGGAUCCCGGACAGCAAAGGAGUGUACCCAGACUUGUUAGCUACUAGUGGUGAUUAUUUGCGCAUCUGGCGAGCCGGCGAACCCUACACACUUUUCGAGUGUGUCCUGAACAAUAACAAAAACUCUGACUUCUGUGCACCCCUGACCUCCUUUGACUGGAACGAAGUAGACCCCAACCUCAUCGGAACCUCCAGCAUUGACACUACUUGCACUAUAUGGGGUCUGGAGACUGGACAAGUUUUGGGAAGGGUGAAUGAGGUGUCUGGUCAUGUGAAAACACAGCUUAUUGCUCAUGAUAAGGAGGUGUACGAUAUCGCGUUCAGCCGCGCGGGCGGUGGGCGCGACAUGUUCGCGUCGGUCGGGGCCGAUGGCUCCGUGCGCAUGUUCGACCUCAGGCACCUCGAGCACUCCACUAUCAUCUAUGAGGAUCCACAGCACACGCCCCUGCUCCGGCUGGCGUGGAACAAACAGGACCCCAACUACCUGGCCACGGUGGCGAUGGAUGCGUGUGAGGUGAUCAUCCUGGAUGUUAGGGUGCCGUGUACGCCGGUAGCCCGGCUCAACAACCACCGCGCGUGUGUCAAUGGCAUUGCGUGGGCUCCACACAGCUCAUGCCAUAUCUGUACAGCGGGUGAUGACCACCAGGCUCUUAUCUGGGACAUACAGCAGAUGCCUCGGGCAAUCGAGGACCCAAUUCUGGCCUACACCGCGGCCGAGGGGGAAGUCAACCAGAUCCAGUGGGGGGCCACGCAGCCCGACUGGAUCGCUAUCUGCUACAACAGGCACACGGAAAUAUUGCGAGUCUAA